UCGCGUUCUGACGAAGAAGACGACGAGAAUUCUCCAUCUUUCGAGAUGAAUCUCAUUCCCUUAAAACCACCUCACCUUCCUCCUUCCUCACAAAGUUUCCAAACACCUGAAGAAGGCAAUCUACAAACGAUCUUGUUGCUAAGAAGGAGUUAUACAAUCAAUUGAAGAAACUCGAAGAUGAAUCCAGAGAAAUUCACACACAAGACGAGCGAAACAAUCGCCGCCGCUCACGAGCUAGCCGUAAACGCAGGCCACGCUCAAAUCACUCCUCUUCAUCUAGCCGGUGCCUUAAUCUCCGACCCCGCCGGAAUAUUCCCUCAAGCGAUCUCCACCGCCGGCGGCGGGGAAGCCGCCGCUCAAUCCGCCGAAAGAGUGAUCAACCAAGCUUUAAAGAAGCUCCCCUCUCAGUCCCCACCGCCGGAUGAUAUCCCCGCGAGCUCUAGCCUUAUUAAGGUCAUACGCAGAGCUCAAUCCGCUCAGAAGUCGCGCGGGGAUACUCACUUGGCUGUUGAUCAGAUCAUCAUCGGCCUUCUCGAAGAUUCUCAGAUAAAGGAUCUGUUGAGCGAGGUAGGCGUUGGGGCGGGGAAGGUGAAGGCUGAGGUUGAGAAGCUUCGUGGAAAGGAAGGGAAGAAGGUGGAGAGUGCUUCUGGCGAUACGAAUUUUCAAGCUUUGAAGACUUAUGGGAGAGACUUGGUUGAGGAGGCGGGGAAGCUUGAUCCUGUGAUUGGGAGAGACGAGGAGAUUAGGAGGGUUGUGAGGAUUCUUUCGAGGAGGACGAAGAACAAUCCUGUGCUUAUUGGAGAGCCAGGGGUUGGGAAGACAGCUGUUGUUGAAGGCUUGGCGCAGAGGAUUGUGAAGGGAGAUGUUCCUAAUAGUCUUGUUGAUGUGAGGUUAGUGUCUUUGGAUAUGGGUGCGUUGGUUGCUGGUGCUAAGUACAGAGGGGAGUUUGAGGAGAGGUUGAAAGCUGUGCUGAAAGAAGUUGAGGAAGCUGAAGGGAAAGUGAUUCUGUUUAUCGAUGAGAUUCAUUUGGUUCUUGGCGCUGGGAAGAGUGAAGGGUCGAUGGAUGCGGCGAAUCUGUUUAAGCCUAUGUUAGCUAGAGGUCAGCUUCGGUGUAUUGGUGCUACGACGCUUGAGGAGUAUAGGAAGUAUGUUGAGAAAGAUGCUGCCUUUGAGAGGCGGUUUCAACAGGUUUAUGUAGCUGAGCCGAGUGUGCCUGACACUAUUAGUAUUCUGAGAGGGCUUAAAGAGAGAUAUGAGGGACAUCAUGGUGUUCGUAUCCAGGACCGAGCUUUGAUCAAUGCUGCUCAGCUUUCUGCUCGUUACAUCACUGCUCGGCAUUUACCUGAUAAAGCUAUUGAUUUGGUGGAUGAGGCUUGUGCCAAUGUGAGAGUUCAACUUGAUAGUCAGCCUGAAGAGAUUGAUAACCUUGAAAGGAAGAGGAUGCAGCUGGAAAUUGAACUUCAUGCCUUGGAAAGGGAAAAAGACAAAGCCAGCAAGGCUCGGCUUGUGGAGGUGCGGAAAGAGCUUGAUGACCUGAGGGACAAGCUACAGCCUCUCACGAUGAAGUACAAAAAGGAGAAAGAGAGAAUUGAUGAGAUUCGCAGGCUUAAACAGAAAAGAGAAGAGCUCAUGUUUGCUUUGCAAGAAGCAGAACGAAGAUAUGACCUUGCAAGAGCUGCUGACCUAAGAUACGGAGCAAUCCAAGAAGUGGAAUCUGCAAUAGCCCAACUCGAAGGAACUUCUGACGAGAACAUGAUGCUCACCGAAAACGUUGGGCCGGAACACAUUGCUGAAGUUGUGAGCCGUUGGACAGGGAUUCCAGUGACAAGACUUGGUCAGAACGAGAAGGACAGGUUGAUUGGUCUUGCUGAUAGGUUGCACAAGAGGGUUGUGGGACAAGAUCAAGCUGUGAGCGCAGUUGCUGAGGCGAUCUUAAGGUCAAGGGCAGGACUCGGAAGGCCACAACAGCCAACUGGAUCAUUCUUGUUCCUUGGCCCAACUGGUGUUGGCAAAACUGAGCUUGCUAAGGCUCUUGCUGAGCAGCUCUUUGAUGAUGAAAACCUCUUAGUUCGGAUUGAUAUGUCGGAGUAUAUGGAACAGCACUCUGUCUCUCGCCUCAUUGGGGCACCACCUGGCUAUGUUGGUCACGAGGAAGGAGGACAAUUAACUGAGGCUGUGAGGAGACGACCUUAUUGUGUUAUACUCUUUGAUGAAGUGGAGAAAGCCCAUGUUGCUGUUUUCAACACGUUGCUACAAGUGUUGGACGAUGGUAGAUUGACUGACGGCCAAGGAAGGACUGUAGAUUUCAGGAACUCGGUGAUAAUCAUGACAUCAAACCUUGGAGCAGAGCAUCUUCUCUCAGGGCUAACUGGGAAAGUGACGAUGCAAGUGGCCCGGGAAUGCGUGAUGCAGGAGGUGAGGAAGCAUUUCAGACCAGAGCUCCUGAACAGGCUUGACGAGAUCGUGGUGUUCGAUCCCCUUUCACAUGACCAGUUGAGGAAAGUAGCCCGCCUCCAGAUGAAGGACGUUGCUGUCCGGCUUGCUGAGAGAGGCGUUGCUUUAGCAGUCACCGAUGCUGCUUUAGACUACAUUUUAGCUGAGAGUUAUGACCCGGUGUAUGGUGCUAGGCCAAUAAGGAGAUGGAUGGAGAAGAAGGUGGUGACAGAGUUGUCGAAGAUGGUUGUGCGUGAGGAAAUUGAUGAGAACUCCACAGUUUACAUAGAUGCAGGCAGUGGUGGAUCUGAUCUUGUGUACCGUGUUGAGAAGAAUGGUGGGCUAGUGAACGCUACGACAGGGCAGAAGUCAGAUGUUCUGAUUCAUAUUGCUAAUGGGCCAAAGAAAAGCGAUGCAGCUCAGGCGGUGAAGAAGAUGAGGAUUGAGGAAAUAGAAGAUGAUGAUGAGGAAAUGGUUGAGGAUUAAAGUCUUAGCCUUUAAAGUGUCUCCAAUGUAAUACUCAUACUCUGUUCUGGUUUAUGGAUUGGCUUCUUUGGUUAACUUAAGUAACUAGCAGAAAUCAUGUGAAGAUGUAAACAGUCUACUUUCAUCGGAAAUAAACUCAAUUUACAUUC